UGCGUUUACGAACUUGACUGUGCUGUUGCUACUUUAGUGCAGUGAUGUCUGCGUUGCUUUGCCUCGUAGCAGGAGCACUUUGCUUUUAUGUGAUAGUGUAUUACGGUGUAUUCAGAGGCGCUAGGUGCUCCAGUUCAGUGAAGCUGAAUGGGAAGACGGCCAUUGUUACAGGAAGCAACACUGGCAUCGGCAAGGCCGUGGCUCUGGAUCUGGCAAAGAGAGGCGCCAGGGUGAUCCUCGCCUGCCGCAACAAGGACAAAGCUGAGGCUGCUGCUUUCGACAUUCGUAGAGAGAGCGGGAACAACCAGGUGGUGUUCAUGCAGUUGGACCUCGCGAGUUUCAAGUCCGUUCGCAGCUUUGCUGAAACCUUCCUGAAGACUGAGCCCAGACUGGACAUCCUCAUCAACAACGCAGGUGUGAUGGGUCCAGGACAUACUGAGGAUGGUUUCGGCAUGGCGUUUGGGGUAAACCACCUGGGUCACUUCCUGCUCACCAACCUUCUCCUGGAGCAGCUGCAGCAGUGUGGUCCCAGCCGCGUGGUCACCGUGGCUGCACUUCUGCACUGCUUUGGCAGCGCUCACUUCCCUUUGCUGGCGUCCAAAAACGACUCUGUGUCUGCUCAGUCUACCUGGCAAAAUCUUCAAGCCUACUGCAACAGCAAGCUGUGUAAUGUGCUCUUCACCAGGGAGCUGGCCAACAGGCUGGAGGGCUCCAGCGUCACCUGCUACAGCCUCCACCCAGGAGUGGUCUCCACAGAGCUGGGUCGCAGUAUGAGCCUCUGGCAGCAGCUCCUCCUGAAGCCCUUGGCCAAGCUCUUCUUCCUGGAUCCAGAGGGGGGGUCCCAGACCAUCCUGCACUGUGCCCUGCAGGAGGGCCUCCAGCCGCUCAGCGGACGCUACUUCUCCAACUGUGCACUGCAACAAGUGGGAGCCAAGGGACGGGACGACGCCCUGGCUAAGAAGCUGUGGGAACGGCGGCAGCGGCAGCGGCAGCAGCUACGGCGGCAGGCGAGCCCAGACUGGGAUGCAGCAGGGAAGGAAGGGGAAGCUGGUGGGGGUGAGAGGUGUACGCGCUAUAGGCAGGAUGUGUCUGUCUUCCAGCAUGCUGCGGCUCGCAGACAGGCAGCAUGUGGCUGGGUAAUAUGCUCCGCUGGCCGGGCCCUUCAGCGCAUUACAAAGCCCAGGCUGGAAACAAAAGUCCUGUGGUAAAUGACCUGUCAAUCAAAUGUAGAGUAAUAGGAGGUUCCAACGGUGUCUUUUCAUUUCGCUGGGGGGAAGCACAGGAAGCACAGGAACCCAAAGAAUAUAAAAUAUUAUAUAAUUGUUGCAAUGCUCAGAGUAGUUCAUAAAAAACAAUUGUUUCUCAUUUAAUAAAUGUUUUGAAAAGUCAUCAGAAGACAUGUUAUACUUGCUGUAGGAAACUGAGAAAAUGGGCCAAAUUUAGACCUUAUGAUAUAUAAUGGGAAUGUGUAUGUUUUUGUUGGAAAGCCUGUUUAUAUGAUACAGACUAAGCCAAAUAGUGGACCUGUAUUGUAUCCAGUUAACAUAGGUCUUCUUUUUAUAAUAAGAAUUAUGAUGAUUAGGAUUAUGUGAACUUGUAGUGAUGCUUGUGAAUGCUUAUAUUCGUAAACUGUAUACAUACAUUUUUCUUUUAGUUUUCAUCAAAUCACUUUUUACAUUGUAUUUUACAUGUUAUUUUUCUCCCUUACUUUCUUUUCUCUAUUAUAGAUAUUGAAACGUAAUGUCUAUGUAUCUGUUACUUGUAGAUCUAAAAAAGUUCUUUGACAUACAAUAUUACAUUAAGCAAACAUGCAUGGUCUUGUUCCCAUUUAUAUUUUGAAUUCUCAGCCUUCAGCCUACAUUAUGAUUAGUCUCCAAUGACCAAAAUGAUGUGAAGAAAUGACAGGAAUGGAUGGAUGAUAAGAAUGUACUGUUAGGCUGACUGCAAACCAGUGUUACAGCAGGCUGAAUGUGCAUCUGGCAUCACCUCUGAGUUCUCACUGUGUAACACUAGAUGGAGCUGUGAUCAUACUGCACACUCACUGACUAUCACAGCCUCCAUCUCCAUGUCCCGUACAUGGCCUACACAAGAAAUGCAGCUGGCUGCUUCUACUGUCCGCCUCUGUGCACAAUGCCUCUGCUGCUUGUGUUCCACUUUUCCCAUGUGGCAUGUCAUUGAGGAACAAACAAUUGGAGAAAUUGGAGAAAAAGAAAAAAAAAAAACAACAUGGUGAAAAAUGUUAUUUCCCUUGCAGCAGUAAGAAAGUAUGUUAAAUUAAAAUGAAAUAAAAUGACCAUUUCAGUGA